AUGAACUCUGAUUCCUUUAUAAAAAAUACAUUGGCUUCCCCACAGGUCAAAGUACUAAUACCAAAUUUAGUCCAAUUAGAUGAACAAAAAUAUUAUCUUAUGUUUUCAAUCGCAACUUUAGCAAAAAUUAUAGCCCAUCAUAACUAA